AGUGUUUAAUUUGCUUGUUUAUUUUUAGUUCCUAGUUCCUAGUUCCUUUAAACAAGAAAAUAGUUUGAAAAAAGUAAACAUUCUUCUUGAAUAAAAUUUUAUAAUAGUUCUAUUAUUUCCUAAAUUUUGUGUAUUUGAAUCGAAAUGACUUCAGCACUAUACCUAGAACACUAUCUUGAUAGUUUGGAACAUCUUCCAAAUGAACUACAAAGAAAUUUCACAUUGAUGAGCGACCUGGACAAAAGAGCUCAAGGUAUGAUGAAAAAUAUCGACGUGCUGGCUGACGAAUAUCUCAGAAAUUUAAAAACGCUGACCGGCGAUCAGCAAAAAGAGCAACUGGACAAAAUCCAGAACAUGUACAACAAGGCGAAAGAAUUGGGUGACGACAAAGUACAACUAGCAAUCCAGACUUACGAGUUAGUAGAUAAACACAUCAGACGGUUAGACAACGAUUUGGCACGGUUCGAAUCCGAAAUACAAGACAAGGCUUUGAAUUCUAGAAACGUUGAUGAACCAAGUGUUGGAAAAAAAGGAAGGAAGAAGACUAAAGAUGGCAAAGGGGACAAGAGUAAAAGAUCAGUCAAUUCAAGCGAAGAAGACUCUUCUGGGACUGUUAGAGGCAACAAAAAGAAAAAGCAAAAAGGAGGCAAUACGGAUAAAGGGGGCAGUACAGGUAGUGGGGCAAAAGCGACGUCAGGUGAGGUUGCUGAAGCAGUCGCAGCAGUACUUCCAGGCUUGGCCGGUAUCGCUCAUCCAAGUGAUGUCCUAGACAUGCCAGUGGAUCCAAAUGAACCCACAUACUGUCUCUGUCAUCAAGUGUCUUACGGUGAAAUGAUAGGAUGCGACAAUCCUGAUUGUCCAAUAGAGUGGUUUCAUUUUGCCUGCGUACAGCUCACCACUAAACCCAAAGGCAAAUGGUAUUGUCCCAGGUGUUCACAAGACAGGAAAAAGAAAUAGUUGCAAUGAUUGCAUGGAUAAAAUGAUCAUUCCGGUUUUAAUUGGGUAUAUAGCCACUAAUUUAUUGUAAUUAUUUGAGCAGAUGUUAUGUUUCAAAUUGAAAAAACUAUAACUAAAAUUUAACUGGCCAUUUUUAUUAUUGUUUACCAUCAAGGAAAAAUACAACUUGAUAUUAUUGGUUGUUGAGAAUGGUUUCAAAUUAGACAUAAUAAGUUUUUUUGUAUUUUUUCUUCUCUGUGUUUAUUAAAUAUACUAUACUAUUUAUUUUA